AUGCCGUCUCUCAAACGCAUGCCGUCGUUCCCGAACGCUGGAGACCAGAGCAACCAAGGCUCUGAGAGUGCUGGAUCAGGCUUCUCAUCAUAUUCGCGAAAGCGACAGCGGACCACAGAAUCCUCAUCCUCCAAUAAUGACAUGGAAGCUAGCUAUCAUGACUCCGAUACAGCCUCUCUCCCUGAUGAUCUGACUAUGGAUGAUGCCGAGCUGGAACUUCGGCAAACACAACUCAUUCAAGAGAAAUACGCCCAAGUUGAGGAAGAUUCAAAUAUCCCCGCCGAUCAUGGAAUCCUCGAACGCGUUGAAUGCUACAAUUUUAUGUGUCAUGAUCACUUCCAGGUGGAAUUGGGGCCGCUGAUCAAUUUCAUCGUCGGGAAGAAUGGCAGUGGUAAAAGCGCGAUCUUGACAGGCAUCACUCUUUGUCUGGGAGGCAAAGCAUCUGCCACCAAUCGCGGUCAGAGCUUAAAAAGUUUCAUCAAAGAAGGCAGAGAAAACGCCUCCAUUGUCGUGCGGAUCAGGAACCAAGGAGACGGCGCCUACAUGCCGGACGACUAUGGAAAAUCCAUCAUUGUGGAACGCCAUUUCUCCAAAAACGGAGCGAGCGGUUUUAAAAUCAAAUCCGAGAAUGGCCGCAUCGUUUCAACCAAAAAAGCCGAGUUGGAUGCCAUCACCGACUACUUUUCCCUACAGAUUGACAAUCCCAUGAACGUUUUGUCGCAGGAUAUGGCUCGUCAGUUCCUCAGUACCUCGAGUCCUGCGGAAAAGUACAAAUUCUAUGUUAAAGGUGUACAACUAGAGCAGCUGGAUCAGGAUUACCGUCUCAUCGAAGAAUCAGUUGACCAGAUCGAGGAGAAACUGAGAGGCAAAGUACAAGACCUUGGCUUCCUAACCAACCGUAAGGAUGCAGCGAGGAAAAAAUUGGAGCUCUCUGAUCAGCACGAUUCUUUGAGAGAGCGAAAAAGAAACAUCUCGCAUCAGAUGGCUUGGGCACAGGUCGAGGAAAUGGAAAGAAAACGAGAUGUUUUGAACGACCAGGUUUCCCUGACCGAUAGCCAGAUAGCAGAUGCUGAAGCUGCAAUCGGUCGGUUUGACGACGCGCUUCAGGCCGUUGAGGCCGACUCCGAAAGAGCAGCGGAGCAUGCAUUCCGAGCCGAUUCCGUGUGUGAGGAAGCCCGCGGCGGGAGAGAAAAAAUCAAGGAGAAGCUGGACGAAACAAUCAGUCAGCGUCAUGAUCUCCAGGCCGAACAAAGACAGAUCAAAGAGUAUCUCGAAGCUGCGAAGACUAGAAUCGCGGAGACUCAACAAAAAAUGGAUGACGAAAACCGACGACUCGCAGAGGUGAGUGAUGGAGGAUACGCUCGAAGACAGGAGGAGUGUGAGCAAGCCGUGACUCGAGCUACUGCAGCACGCAGAAAAUACGAUGAACAUCAACCUAGUGUCGCAAGCUUGCAUGAAGAUGUCAAAACUGCUAGCAAAGAUAUGGAAUCGGCGCAAAGGCAUUGUGAUUCUAAAAGGAACGACGUCAGACAGGCAGAAGACAGACUGCGGGCUCUGACGAGGGAGGAUGGGCACCGACGCGACGGCUUUCCGGACAGGAUGCCGGCACUUUUGAAAGCCAUUCAGCAAGAAGGAUCGUUCACUAGUAAACCGAUCGGGCCAAUAGGUGCACACAUCACCCUGCUCAAGCCGAAGUGGUCUUCUAUUCUCGAAAAUUCAUUUGGUGGCACCCUCAGCAGUUUCAUUGUGAGCAAUAAGAGAGAUAUGAGUAUUCUCUCGAGCCUCAUGGUGAAGGUAAAUUGCCAGUGUCAGAUCUUCAUUGGACAAGGUGGUCACAUCGAUACCUCAGCUCAUGAACCCGAUCCCAAUUAUGAUACGGCGUUAAGGACAUUACAGAUCGACAAUCCCAUGGUGCGACGACAGCUUAUCAUCAAUCACGGAGUGGAACAAAUGCUGCUGAUUGAAGACCUAGAGAAAGCCUCGGCCGUUCUGUUUGAUGGUCAACGACCGAGGAAUGUCAAGCGCUGCUUUUGUAUCGACUCAAGAGAUCGACGCCGAGGAAUUCAUCUCUCGUACAACCGUAUGGGUGAGCCCAGCCAGGCGCCAGUGGGGGUGUACCACGGCCAUCCCCGCAUGCAAUCUGAUCUGGCCUCACAGAUCAGCGCCCAACGUGAAGUAAUCCAAGAUUUGAAACGUCAACUGAAAGAUUUGGAACAGGAACUUCAAUCUUCUCGGGUCCUUUGGGAGAACUGCAAGCAAGCAGUUACUCGACAUGCGCAACAAGAGAAAGAUUUGAGAAUCGAGAUGCAAAGAAUGGAGGACCAUCUAGAAGCACUCCGAGAUGCCGUCGACAAAGACAAUGCCGAGGACGGGCAGAUCGAAAGUCUUCGGGCCGCUCUUCAGGAAGCCGAAGAUGAAAAAAGCCACUACGAAAUGGCAUACGGUGACAGUCAGGCGGCAAUGAGUGAACUUAUGGAUAAACUGAAGUUGGUUCGGCGAGAAAUCAAGGCGCAGGACGAAAAAAUCCUGGCCUUGGAAAAAGCGUCAAACGUUGCUCAAAGCGAAAACUUGCAGGUGCAAAAUAGACGCCGUGAGCUCAUCAGUGACAAGAAUACUGCCCUUGCAAGCAUUGCGGAACAAAAGAGGGACCGAGAUGAGUUCAAGGAGAAACUAGACGAGGCGUCAUCAGCUGUGCUGCAUUACAUCGACAGGGCAAGCAAUGUUUCGGCGCGAGUUCCAGUCGACGAGGGGGAAACCGGUCAUAGUCUCGAUCAGAAGCUGGUGAGAUUGGAAAAGGACUUGGCGCGUUAUGACGCAGAAUUGGGGGCACCACGAGACGAGAUUGCCGCAGAGGCUGGUCGAGCAGAAACCGCGUGGAGGCAAGCGAAGGACGAGGUAGACAACUUGACGAAUCUUGCCCAAUUUUUCAAAGAUACUCUUAACGAACGAAAGAAAAGAUGGGAGAUCUUUAGAUCACAUAUUUCAUCUCGCGCCAAGGCACAAUUCACUUACCUUCUCAGCGAGAGAGGUUUCCGCGGUCGACUACUUACAGACCACAUUGGAAAAUUACUAGACGUUCAGGUCGAGCCCGAUAUUACCAAGGAGGACAGCACUGGUCGUGGUGCAAAGACCCUCUCUGGCGGUGAGAAAUCCUUCUCGCAAGUGUGUCUACUGCUAGCACUCUGGGAAGCUAUGGGAUCUCCUAUCCGCUGUCUGGAUGAAUUCGAUGUGUACAUGGACCACAUAAACCGAAAGAUGGCCAUUGAUAUGCUGAUGUUUGCUGCUCGACGCUCAAUCGGGCGACAAUUUAUCCUCAUCACACCGGGGAGCAAGACCGACAUCACCAUCUCCUCCGACGUGCGGGUCAAGGAGUUGGCUGAACCCGAGCGUGGGCAAACCACCUUGAACUUUCAGCGCUAA